AUGGCAUCGAUCUUCAAAAGGGCGUCCACUAUUUACGGCGCCGCAAUCGGCCUGCGCGUCAUUCUACUAUUCUACGGAGCCUGGCAAGACGCCCACUCAGCUGUCAAAUACACGGACAUCGACUACAUGGUCUUCACCGACGCCUCGCGCUAUGUAUCUCAAGGACAGUCCCCAUACGCCCGAGACACAUACCGCUACACCCCCUUGCUAGCGUGGAUGCUUUUGCCCACGACCUGGGCCAUCCCGGGCUUCUUCUCCUUUGGCAAGGCGCUCUUCGCGCUCGCGGAUGUCGUGGCCGGCUGGCUAGUCGCGAAGUCGCUGGUCCUAACGCACGGGAUGAGCCCCGAGCGUGCCCUGAAGUACGCGAGCUUCUGGCUGCUGAAUCCGAUGGUCGCGAACAUCAGUACGCGCGGGAGCUCAGAGGGGCUACUGGGGGUUCUUGUUGUCGCGCUGCUCUGGGCCGUGCUGAAUCGGAGGGUUUACCUUGCGGGCGUGCUUCUGGGGCUGGGCGUGCACUUCAAGAUCUACCCGUUUAUCUACGGGGUGUCGAUGCUUUGGUGGUUGGAUGAUACGAGAACGAAAACGGGGACGGGGACGGGGACGUCGGAAAGUCGGGAGCCCGAACCCAAAUCCAGAGCCACCUCCAACGAGGACGACAGGAACGGAGGCACCCCUGUCGGCGUCUCGCAGAUCAUCAGCUUCGUCACCCCGUGUCGGAUUCGGCUGGCCCUCACCUCCCUGCUCACAUUCGCUGCCCUCAAUGCGGCUAUGUACGCGCGCUACGGAACGCCUUUCCUCCAGCACACUUACUUCCAUCAUCUAACGCGCAUCGAUCACCGGCAUAAUUUCUCGCCUUAUAGUACCCUCCUCUACCUGACUGCCGCUUCUUCAGCCAACGCCACAGGCCUCACGGGCCUUAGAGGGCCGAGCGGUAGCUUCGAGUCUCUGGCGUUCAUCCCGCAGCUGCUCCUCUCUGUUGUUGUUAUCCCGCUCGUCUUAGGAAAGAAGGACCUGCCGGUCACGAUGCUCGCGCAGACAUUUGCGUUCGUGACGUUCAAUAAGGUUUGUACGAGCCAGUAUUUCCUCUGGUACCUCAUCUUUCUCCCCUUCUACCUCCCCACUUCGUCUCUCCUCCAGAACCCACGUUUGGGAAUCACGGUUGCUGCUCUGUGGGUAAUCGGCCAGGCUCUCUGGCUGCAGCAAGGCUACCUGCUCGAAUUCCUGGGCGUAUCGAGCUUCGUCCCCGGGUUGUUCCUGGCGAGCUUGGGAUUCUUCGCGGUCAAUGUUUGGAUCCUGGGCGUUAUAGUGGGCGAUGCUGGGGGUUUAACAGGCGCAGAGAAAGGGAAGGUGGAAUGA